AUGUCCUUUGAUGCAUAUACUGACGGAAAUAAGCCAUAUGGAAAUAACUACUUCGAUCGUACCGCCACGGAAUAUUCUUUGCCAUUUGACGAAUUUGAAAUAGGUAGUGGGUUGGAAUUAAAUCAGCAAAAUGUGGAUGCUUUAAACGAUGCUGUCAACUUAAGGAACUUCGAAUCCAAUAUCAAAAGUGAUGGGACUAUAUCAAGUAGCUCUGACCCAAAUAAAAUAUUUGAGGGACAUGAGUACAGUGCUGGAUCGUCACCAUCCCGUACUUUGGGUAGCCAAAAAUCUGGAUUGUCACCGAGUGUUAACUCUACUUUACCAGAUGCAUCAGAGAAGAAAGCACCAUUGAAUCUUAAAGGUAAAUUAAAGAAGCAGUAUCUAGAUGAGCAAGAUGCAAAAUUAAUCGCUCGAGAUGACUCAGAAUUAACAGAAGAAGAAUUAGCAAUGAAAAGAAAGGCUCAGAAUAGAGCUGCACAGAGAGCAUUCAGGGAACGUAAGGAAACAAAGCUUCGUGAAUAUGAGGACAGGUUGCUUAAGAGUGAAGAAGAAAAGCAAAACCUCAUAAAUCAAUUGGAUUUAAUUAGGCAGCAAAACAUAUCGAUCCUGAUGGAAAAUGAACUUUUGAAGCUUAGUGGAUCUGAUGGUAAUAACUCGACGAGGCUGGAAGGUCUAGAUAAGUUUCUGUUUCCUCAGAGUCAGAGUGAAUUUAUAAAUAAGUAUGCGGAUUAUCAUGAAGUCAAUCCUGAUACUGUCAACAAGAUAUACGACUCACCAGAAAACCCGAGCGAAAAGGUGCUUACCAUUGGUGCGCUCUGGGAUUACUUGCAACUAAAGGCAGAAGAAAAAGAGGCUCUUGAUGUAGCUGAUGUUAUGGCAAAAUUAAAAGGUAACGAAAAGUGUCAUGGCUACGGACCUGCUUAUUCAUUCAAUCUAAUUAAUCAUAUCAUAAAUGAAUCUUCCUCUAUGGGCUAA